AUGAUCGACUCCAGCAAGAUCCCCCCCUCCAAACUGAAUCCCCUCGCGGGCAACCCCCUCCGGACACGCGACGACGUCAUCGUCGCUGUCCACAGCCUCUUCAAUCCGCUGCUCCCCGCCUUCUCGCCGGGGAAAGCCCGCGUCCAGCUCGAUGCGUCGGGCUCGACCUGGGACCGCGCGGCCUGCGACCUGGAGGGCUUCGCAAGGCCACUGUUCGGCCUCGCGCCUCUGGCGGCGGGCGGCUCGCAAUUCGACCAUUGGGAGCUGUAUCGCACGGGGCUGAAGAAUGGCACCGAUCCUGCCCAUCCCGAGUACUGGGGUGAGGUGCUGGACAUGGACCAGCGACACGUCGAGGCGACGGCGCUCGGGUACGCCCUGCUGUUCGUGCCAGAGCACAUCUGGGAGCCGUUGGACGAGACGGCGAAAAUGAACGUCGCUGCGUGGCUGCUGCAGAGCCGCAACACGCGCCAUGCCAACAACAACCACAAGUUCUUCCGCAUCAUCGUCGAUCUCGGUCUCGAGAGAGUCGGCGUACCCGUCGACGAGAGCAUGACGGAGGAAUACCUCCGCGAUCUCGAGAGCCUGUACAUCGGCGACGGAUGGUACCGUGACGGCGGCGACAAGGGCGACACGCGACGGAUCGACUACUACAAUCCGUUCGCGAUGCAUUAUUACGGCCUCAUAUACGCCGUCCAUCGACCGAGAGACAAAGCCCGCGGUGACAGGUUCCGCGAACGGGCGCGUCUGUUUGCGCGGCACUUCCUGCAUUGGUUUGCCGACUCCGGUGCCAACGUGCCGUACGGACGCAGCCUCAUCUACCGCCACGCAGUCGCCGCAUUCUGGGGCGCGUUGGCGGUGGCGAACGAGGAGGCCCUGCCGUGGGGUGUCAUGAAGGGGCUGUAUCUGCGGAACCUGCGGUGGUGGGCCUCGCAGCCGAUAUCCAGGCUGGACGACGGGCUGUUAACGCUGGGAUAUGCGUAUCCGAACCAGCUCCUCACGGAGCGGUACAGCUCGACGGGGUCGCCGUGGUGGGCGAUGAAGGCCUUCGCGCCGUUGUCUCUCCCGGCAGACCACCCGUUCUGGACGGCCGAGGAGCUGCCGAUGCCGGAGAGAGAUGCUGUCUACACGGACCCCAUCGUGGGGAUGGUCUUCAUGCACCAGCCUGAUCAUACCGUCAUGCUGGUAUCCGGGCCCGGAACUCCGCAGCUGAUGCGCGGAAUUCCGGAGAAGUACAACAAGUUCGCAUACUCGUCGCGCUACGGCUUCAGCGUUGAAAGUGACGCGCUGGGAUUCAGUAUAGGCGCGUUCGACAGCAUGAUUGCGCUGAGCGACGAUGGCAGACACUACAGAGUCCGAGAACACUGCGAUACGGCGAUCUUGGCUGGUGACGUCCUGUUCUCGCGAUGGCGUCCGUGGGACGACGUGCAAAUCGAGACGUGGCUCGUUCCCAGCGGGCUGUGGCAUAUCCGCGUGCAUCGCAUCCUCUCCGCGAGAAGGCUGUCCACGAUCGAGGGCGGGUUUGCUGCACCUCGGACAGACUUUGCCAGAGACGAGAUUUCUACCGAGAGUGCGUCCGCACAGGUCAUCAGCACGCUGGGCGAUUUCAGCGGCAUCGUCGAUGCGUCGACCCCAAGACGGUCUGCCAGAGUCAUUGCUCCACAUGGAAAUACCAACGUCAUGUUCCCUCGGACGUUCGUGCCGCAGUUGUUAGGCGAUGUGCAGGCGAAUACCCCUACUGUGUUUGCCUGCGCUGUUCUGGCUGGGCCUGCAUCUGCAGUAAGGACAGCCUCGUCCAGUCCUCCGACGGUUCCAGCGGUAGAUCAGCUGGAGAAACUACUGGAGAAAGGGACCGUAGUUGAGAUCACCAAGGAGUAUGUUCCAAAGUAG